CUGGUGCUGCUUUGGCCCUGCUUGGGCCACCUCCUCCCCUAGCUCCGCCAGGCGCCUCGCAUAGCUGUCGCCCCACAAAAGCCUGGCGUGGGUGUAGGGGUGUACGGACGGAUGGACGGAAGUCUGCGCAGCUCAGUGCGCAGGAGCCCGGGGUCCGACCCUGCAGGAUGGUUAGGGGGGUGGGGGUGAGGGUUGUUGCUGGCCGGGUCGGCAGGGGGCGCGCGCGGAACAGGGCGGGGCCGCACCUGUGCUGCUGGCUGCUGGAGAUGGGGAGGGGACCGGCGCCCGAAGCAGCUGCGCGCCCCGCCCCGCGGGCUCCUCCCCGCCGCCGCGGCCCCUUGGCUGCUGCCCCGAUGCGCUGCGCCCGGAGCACGGACCCAGCAGUCGCCAGAGCAGUCGGGGCACCCGGCCGGCCGCCGCCGCCGCUGCCCACACCCCUCGCGGACCCCGUUGGCCGCAUGGAGUCUCCGGAGGCCGCUGGUCAGGGAGAGAUUAAGGAAGUCAAGGUGCCCCAGGCCGCCCUGAGUGUUCCAGUUCAGGACACAGGGGACACUUGUCACACACCCGUGGCAGAAGAGGAGGAGGUUGGCAUCCCAAUACCAGCGCCAGGGUUCCUGCAGGUCACAGAGAGGAGGCAGCCUCUGAGCAGCGUCUCCUCCCUGGAGGUCCACUUUGAUCUCCUGGACCUCACUGAGCUGACCGACAUGUCUGACCAGGAGCUGGCCGAGGUCUUUGCGGACUCCGACGACGAGAACCUUGCCACUGAGUCCCCAGCAGGUCUGCACCCGCUGUCUCGGGCUGGCUGCCUGCGCUCCCCUUCCUGGACAAAAACAAGGGCGGAGCAGAAUCGAGAGAAACAGCCCCCCAGUGACGCAGAGCGGCAAGGGGCAGUUGUGGACACAUUCCUCACUGUGGAGGCGCCCAAGGAGGAUUAGCCCAUGUCCAUCUGUUCCGGAGUCGCCGAAGGGCUGGGCCAGACCAUCCACUGUGAUGGCAGAUCAGGACAGUAC